AUGGGUUCAAAGAAACCAUCAUAUACUUUUGCUCUUCUCAUAUCUCUUCUCAUUCUAAUCAUUUUCACUAUUUCUUCUCAAGUUAGAGUCGUCGAAGCUACAAGCCGCAUACUUGCAAACGGAAGACCAAUCAUAUGGACUCCAGCAUCAAAGUCAUGUGGAGCUUUGCACGCAUCGUGGAAGAAGUAUCGUCGACCUUGUAAACGUCCUAAAAGAACUCCAAGAACUGCUCCUGCUUCUUACAACUCUCCAUAAUACAUAAUUUUUUUCGCAUAUAUUGCAAUUUGAAUUUCUGUAACUAAUUGUGAUUAUCGUAAAAAGAAGAAAAACAAAA